ACAGUUUAUCGUGAGCAGUGAAAGGGAAGGCAAUGUCAAUAUUUAUUUUGAAGCAGAUUCUGCGAGCUUAUUAAUAAUGUUCAAACUAGCGGUCGUUUUGGUACUGACUUUCAUAGUGGUUUCCACCCAGGGUGUAUCCAUCUUGGAGGAAACCAACUUGGUGACGGAGUGUCUGUCUAUCAACAACAUUACCCAGGCUGAAUUCCAGGAACUCAUUGACAAAAGCUCCGAAGAGGAGGAUCUCGAAAACACCGAAAGAAGAUACAAGUGCUUUGUCUAUUGUCUGGCUGAGAAAGGAAAUCUAUUGGACUCUAAAGGCUACCUGGAUUUGGAUAAAAUCGACCAAAUAGAACCCGUGAGCGAUGAACUUCGAGAGGUGCUCACCGACUGCAAGAAGAUCAACGAUGACGAGGAAGAUGUGUGUGAAUAUGCGUUCAAAAUGGUAACUUGUUUGACGGAAAACAUAGAACGGCAAGAUGAAGUCACUGCAUCGGAGAAAAAUAAAUUAAACGAAUAAUCAGGCAAAAACUGGUUUAGCAACUCAAA